UAUUUCCCUCCUCGUCACAUCGGUCAAGAACAAAAACACCUUUUUUUUCAAAAUUUAAAAUCAAUCCACAAACUGGCACCGUAAAGGACUACAAAAUGGGCGUCAUCAGUAAAUACCGACAGAAGGGGAAGGAGGACUGAAGGAGAGACAUAUAUGGUUUUGAUCCUUUGAUCACAUCACUAUCCAUGGCUGGACCAUCAUGGUUGGUUGACAGUAAUAGAAUUGCGACAAAAAUCAGGAGUGCAUCUGCUGCAUGUGAUCCUGGAAGAGUCAAUUGGACAAGCAACCCAAGCAAAAGUUGCCCAAAUUGCCAACAUAUUAUUGAUAAUAGUGAUGUCACUCAAGAAUGGCCAGGAUUACCCAGAGGAGUGAAAUUUGACCCCUCUGAUCAGGAACUUAUCUGGCAUUUACUGGCCAAAGUUGGUGUUGGGAAUUUGAAACCCCAUCCUUUUAUUGAUGAGUUCAUUCUAACUGUUGAUAAAGAUGAUGGAAUCUGUUAUGCCCAUCCUCGGGAUUUGCCUGGUGUUAAGCAAGAUGGCAGUGUGUCUCACUUCUUUCACAGAGCAAUCAAGGCCUACAACACUGGAACUCGCAAGCGUCGAAAGAUCCAUGGUGAUGAUUGUGGAGAUGUUCGUUGGCACAAGACUGGCAGGACUAAACCAGUUAUCCUGGAUGGGGUUCAGAGAGGGUGCAAGAAAUUUAUGGUACUUUAUGUGACCCCUGUCAGGGGUGGGAAACCAGAGAAGACUAAUUGGGUGAUGAGUCAGUAUCACUUGGGCACGGGGGAAGAUGAAAAAGAGGGAGAAUACGUCACUUCCAAGGUGUUUUAUAAGCAAAAGCAAGUCAAGCAGAGUGAAAAAAGUGAAGAUGAUAUUCCUGAAGACAAUGAAACAAUUGCAAAAGUAGACCCAAUCACUCCCAAGUCUGUGACUCCUGAACCCCCUCAUAAUGAAAGGCGAUUUUCUGAUUUUGACCUGGUACAGGAGUCCACUUCUUACAUUGGUCAAUUGGCUCAGCAUCAUGAAAUGGGUGGUUACAUGAAAGAAGAGGUGGAAGCUGCACUUGAGAUGCCUAAUCAUCAAGAUCACCUCCCUGCAGAAAAUCAUGCUGACCAAGUAGUAGAGAAUAAUGAGAAUCAGGUCAUUGAGGAUGACCCAAAAUGGUGGGACAGUGAGUCUCAGUAUCUGUUAGACUCGCAACAGCUUGUGGAAGGGCUGUCUUUGUGUGAUGAGCUUCUGCAGAGCCAGUCUCCCAACAGGGAUGGAAAUGAAACUGAUAAAGAACUAAAAGCCAAGCCCCGUCUUGCUGAUUAUGCUCACUUAGGACCAGAGAAUUUAAAGAAGGAUUUGGAGGCGUGCCAAGCUUUGGUCUUUGAUCCAACAAACCUAGAACUUGAUACACCACCUGAUUUUCGGCUGAGCCAAAUAGAGUUCGGAUCACAGGAAAGUUUUCUUGGUUGGAGUGGGAGCUAGGUGGUUGACUCGAUAGUGAAUAUGGUUUUGCACAUCUUCAUUUCGUCCUCUCAUGGACAAAAUACUUACAAUUUUUGUUGCCACUGUUUGUGAAGACUUGGUCCUCUAAGUUCUCGGGGAGUACUUCAUGGUGGUGCAAGUACUGUUAUUUUGUAAUCUGGUGAUGUUAUGAUCUCAUGCUUUUGUAAAUUAUCAACUGUUUUGCUUUUGAGGUAGAUCCAACUGUCAUAGCAAUGUCGAUCUGGUUUUGUUAUGCGAAAAUAUGGCCUAA